AUGUCAGAUAACCAAUCAACUACUACAGCUUAACAAUCAGCAGCACCAGCAGCAGGUGGUGGAGACCCACACAUUAACAUUAAGGUAAAAUCAUAAGAUGGUACAGAGAUAUACUUUAAGAUUAAAAGAACAACUCAGCUGAAAAAGCUUAUGGAUGCUUAUUGCACUAGAUAGGGUCUUUCAAUAAAUCAGUGCAGAUUCAUUUUCGAUGGUGAGAGACUUAAGGAUGACGACACUCCAGAUAAACUAGAAAUGGAAAAUGGAGAUGAAAUAGAUGUAAUGGUCGAGCAGACUGGUGGUUAUUUCUUUACUGCUUUUGGAGUAAGUUCCAGCUAUUUUAGUAACAGCAAGUGA